AUGGUGUGCUCCAGCCCCGUGCCCAGAGCUCAGGGCUCCGGCCAGGAGGAGCGGCGCGGUGCCCAGCCCGACCUGCUGUGGCUGGCCGACCUCACGGGCGCCCACCUCGGCUUGGCCCCCAUCUCCCAGGACCCCGAGGACCGCUGCAGCAUCUGGGAGAACCUGGUGAGCCUGGUGGACUUCCAGAGCCCGGGUUUUCCCCUGACCUCCGAGGAGCUCUGCCACUACAUCGACAUCCCGCGCUCGCCCGCGUCCUCCCUGGUCACCACGAGCCUGCCCCGGGCUGUGACCCCACCUGGACCCCCAGGGGACAUCGACUACAGGACAAACAGCCACGUCAAGCCACCCUACUCCUAUGCCACCCUGAUCUGCAUGGCCAUGGAAGCCAGCCAGCAGCCCAAGCUCACCCUGGCUGCCAUCUGCAAGUGGAUCAGCGAUAAUUUCUGCUAUUUCCGCCGUGCCCACCCCAGCUGGCAGAGCUCCAUCAGGCACAACCUGUGCAUCAACAAGCGCUUUGUCAAGGUGCCCCGUGAGAAGGGGGAGCCGGGCAGAGGAGCCUUCUGGAAGCUUCACCCCCAAUAUGCCCAGUGGCUCAAGAGCAGCACCCUCAAAGGACACAGGGCCCUUCCAGAUCCUGUCCCAGCCUCCAGGAGAGCCCAGCAGGGCCCCCGGCGUGUCCCCAGCCCCGCCGGCGCCGCCACCGCCUCCGUCCCCCGCGGCGGCCUCGAGGUGGGCGCGGAGCUGCAGCGGCUGCUGUGCGAGUUCGAGGAGUUUGAGAGCUGCCAGCGAGGGGCCCAGCAGAGCCAGCAGCCCUGGGCAGAGGCACCCUGGGCACCCAGCGGUGCCCAGGGGUGCCAGGAGGGGCCGGGCGAGCUGACGGAGCUGAAGAGCAGCACGGAGUGGGAAGCGCUGCUGGAUGCCCCCGCGGAGCAGGGGGAAUUCUGUGCUCUGGGGCAGCCUGGAACCUUCCCCCUGCACCCCAGCAGGGCACGGGGCUGGCCCCAGGCCCUCGCUGAGCCCAGCCCUGCUAAACCAGGCCUGGAUGAAACCCUGAUGGCCACGGCGUUCCUGGAGGCCGCGUGGCACGAGGAGAUGAGAGGGAACCUGCCCAGCUGCAUCCCCGGCGAGCAGGAGGCCGGAAACUUCAUGGAUUGGGACUCUCUGGCCCCUUUACGGCUCUAUUAG